ACUAGAAAAAAUCCUUUUUCAAAAACUGCGAAGACUUCUGGUGUGACGGGAGCACUUGUUGUCCUCAGCGUUUUUAAAGAGCCGUUUCUCAUACGGAUCGGAAACUUAUUCUGGAAUUUAACUUUGUGCUUUUUCUGUCGGACUCUGGGAUCUGAACCACUCUGCGUUUAAAAACUUUUUUUUUUCCAGGAGUGUCAUAUUGAUUCUAACAUGGUCCUCAGCCGCUUUGUUGUUGUGUUCAUUUUAUACUUCACAGCUGGCUCUGCAACCACAGUAGAUGACGGCUACAAUGACUUUGUAGAAGAAGACCACACUCCGCAACUGGACUACAAACACCCACACUGGUGUCAUUCCCCGGGUCUGACCAAUGGCGAGGUGACCUGCCUCUCUCCUCGAGGUAAGGCCUACAAGAGCACGCUGGGCACCCGCUGCACCAUGAGCUGUGAUCCAGGAUACCGACUGCUGGGGAGGAGAUCAAUCCAGUGCCUCGCCAACCGGCGCUGGUCUGGGACUGCUUACUGCCGCAAAAUGCGUUGUCAGGUGCUGCCCCUCAUUCCAUACGGCAGAUACACCUGCACUCACGGCUACAUGGUCGACUCCAGGUGUCAGUUCACCUGUGACUCCGGCUAUCGAAUCGAAGGCGAACACUCACGCACCUGUCAGCGCGGGGCGACGUGGAGCGGAGCACAGCCAGUUUGUGAAGAUACUGAUCCUCCAAAGAUCAAGUGUCCUCCAUCUAGACUCAAGGUCGCUGAGCCCGGAAAACUCACUGCUGCGGUGACCUGGGACCCCCCCAAGGCUACAGAUACUACUCUGAAAUCACUUGAUGUGAUAUUAGUCGGCCCGGAGCCAGGCACCGACUUUAAAGAGGGAUUAAGCAUCAUCCGAUACAAAGUGUAUGAUCAAGCCAGAAACAGAGCAGCCUGCAAAUUUAUCAUACGUGUUGAGGUGAGAAGAUGUCCAACACUUCAUGCCCCUAUGCACGGCUACCUCACCUGCUCCUCUGAUGGGAAUAACUAUGGUGCCACAUGUGAAUACCACUGUGACGGAGGAUACGAACGGAGGGGCGUAUCGAGUCGAGUCUGCCUGUUCAGCCGCAGCUGGGGAGGAGACCCCGCCGAGUGUGUUCCAAUGGAGAUUAAAUCUGAUGUGAAGUCAGUAUCCGCUCUCCUGGAUCAGUUUUAUGAAAAGAGGAGGCUGCUGAUCAUGUCUGCACCCAACAUAUCUGACCCGGACUACCAGCUGCAGAACAUUAUGACACAGAAAGCAGACUGUGGAUUAGACCUGCGUCAUGUAACAGUCAUUGAGCUCCUGGGCUCCCCGCCUCGUGAGACAGGCCGCAUCAAAGAAAGUCUGCUCAGCUCUGAAGUCAUCGAGGGUUUGAGACAAGUGUUCAGAAUCUCCAGGUUCUACUUCAGCAUGUUGCUGCUGGACAAGCUGGGAAUGGACCGAGAGCGCUUCAUCACCCCGAUGGCGUCAGAGGAGCUGUUCUCCUACAUCGACAGCUUCCUGCUGGACGAAGAGGAGCGAGAGCGGCUGGAGCUCCACAGGGACUUCUGUGACUAAUUUAAUCAACCUCUCUGGUUGCCACGGCGAUAAGCUCAUCAGUAUUACAAAACA